AACAGUUCAUUUAAAAUAGUGAAGAAUGCCCCCAUUAGGCAGCAUAUUCCCCAGUUGGAUUAGGUCAACUUCAACAUCUUACAAUCAUCACUUUCUAUUCACAUUAUAACGAAAACGACAUGUUACUUGCAAGCUAAAGUUGCCCUAAAACUAAUAAACAAUCCAACAAAGCAUUCUUCUUGCUUUUAAUAGAAUGAUCCAAAUUCCUAUCUUUUGAAGAAAAAUAGUAGAAAGCAAGCCAAAGAUCAAAAUGGUUGCAGUAUUCAACAAAGAUCUUUUGAGUUGGUACCUCAUUACCCUUAAGCUCAAAGAAACAGUUGAUGCUGGACUUCAAAAUGCUCCUACUCCUACCACCAGCAGAUCCAUUGAAUUUCCAGAACUGCCCCUGUUGCAUAAAGAACAACAUCAGCCAUCUGAUUCUUUGAAAGUUACUAUUGAGGAAAAUGCACCUAUUUUAGAAGAGGAUCCUAAAUCACCGGAAUCCGAAUGGGUAAUUAGCAUUAAGGAGAAAUUAGAGCAAGCUAAGCAGGAUAAUGAUGCUGGAUCAUGGGCUAAACUUUCCAUUUACAGAGUCCCCUUAAGCUUGCGCAAAGAUGAUGAUAAAGCUUAUAUUCCUCAAAUUGUUUCUCUUGGUCCUUAUCACCACGGCAAAAGACGCCUACGCAAUAUGGAUCGCCAUAAAUGGCGAGCCGUUUACCACAUCCUCAAGCGGACAAAUCAAGAAAUUAAACUGCAUUUUGAUGCAGUAAGAGAGCUUGAAGAGAAAGCACGCGCUUGUUAUGAAGGGAAUAUUACAAUGAGCAGCAAUGAGUUUGUUGAAAUGAUGGUUCUUGACACUUGUUUUGUUCUUGAGCUAUUUCGUGGAGUUGCUGGUGGAUUCAAGCAUCUUGGUUAUGCGAGGAAUGAUCCGAUUUUCGCGAUGCGCGGAUCGAUGCAUUCUAUACAGAGAGAUAUGAUCAUGAUUGAGAAUCAAAUUCCAUUAUUUAUUCUUGAUCGGUUGUAUGGGAUUCAAUCUGAAAUGCCUGAUGAGAAAGGUGUUGUAGCAAGGUUAGCUUUAAGGUUCUUUGAUCCAUUGAUGCCAACUGAUGAGCCAUUGACACAGAGUGACUUGAACAAAUUCAAGUCUUCUAUGGGACGUUCUGCUUCUUUUGAUCCAUUGGGAGACCUUGGUGGACUUCAUUGCCUUGAUGUUUUCAGGAGGAGCCUUUUGCAGACAGGGCCUAAGCCAACACCUAGGACGUGGAUCAAGCGUUGGUCACAUUCGAAUCGGGUUGCAGACAAACGCAGGCAGCAGUUGAUUCAUUGUGUUUCGGAGCUAAAAGACGCUGGGGUUAAGUUCAAGAAAAGGAAGACUGAUCGGUUCUGGGACGUUAAAUUUCAGAAUGGAAUCCUCAAAAUGCCUCGGCUUUUAAUCCAUGAUGGUACAAAGUCACUUUUCCUCAACCUGAUUGCUUUUGAGCAGUGCCAUCUUGACUGCACAAAUGACAUAACUUCGUACGUAAUCUUCUUGGACAACUUGAUCGAUUCGCCAGAGGAUGUUAGUUACCUCCAUUAUUGUGGAAUAAUUGAGCAUUGGCUUGGUAAUGACGCGGAAGUUGCUGACCUCUUCAAUCGACUUUGUCAAGAGGUCGUUUUCGACAUCAAUGACAGUUACCUUUCACAGUUAUCUGACCAAAUUAACAGGUACUAUGACCAUAGGUGGAAUGCUUGGCGUGCUACUUUAAGCCACAAGUAUUUCAACAACCCAUGGGCAAUUAUCUCCUUCAUUGCUGCUGUUAUUUUGAUACUGUUCACCUUCGCACAAACGUUUUAUGGAGUCUAUGGCUACUACAGACCACCUCAAUAGUUCUCAAUAAAUUCUUCAGACAGAUUUUUACUAUUAAUACACAAUAGCUAAUAUACAUUGUAUAUGCCAAGACGCAGGGCCACAACCGCCUUGCUCCACCGGCAUUUGGAUUAUUAUUCCCUUCUUUGGUUCUUAAACACUUGACUGGUCAAUGGAAAACCAGAAAAGUUCUUUUUGUUUUUUCUCUCCUUUUUUUUUGGGGGGUGUGCCACGGUCUUUGGCAGACCGUGCUCUAAACACAAAUUGGUGUGCACUUGUAAUUGUGAAGAUUCAAAUGGUUUCUGCCAUACUUAAACUUUUUAGAAACUUA